AGAGAGUGCAGGGGAUGCAUGGGGGGUGGGAGAGGAAAUAGACAGAAGUUGACACCAAAGUGAUCUCUGGAAGAAGUAAAGCACAACUUAGCCAGGAGGAGAAGAGACAGUCUGCCAGCAGUGAGAGUGUUCAGCAAAGGGAGGGUAGAAAGAGACAUGCCCACAAAGUGCUGCUGAUCCCUGUCUCUUUCAGCUCAUACACAGCAGGUGAGUAGCCAUAACCCCCUCUAUCCCUCAAUAUAGUGUGGAUUUCUGUAAAAUGUCAUAUUUUUUCACCUAGCAGCAGCAUGUGUCCUCUGUGGAUGGCUGAGAGUGAUGGGAAUUGUAGUUAACCCCUUAAGGACACAUGACAUGUGUGACAUGUCAUGGUUACCUUUUAUUCCAGAAGUUUGGUCCUUAAGGGGUUAAAGAGGUAGUGGGGGUGUGUGGGGGCUGUAUGUUGCCCAAUAUGCCUAACAAUUGCCACUCCAGUUACUUUGCCCAUGAUGCUAAACUAUCCACAAAGUACACACUUGUUUUACUUUUGGUGGUCUUAAUUUUAUGCUGGGGUUCAGUAUGGCUGAACAUCGUGGAGAAUGUAUUUGCAAAUAUUGUGAUUACUAUAGCUACCUUAACCCCUUAAGGACACAUGACAUGUGUGACCUGUCAUGAUUCCCUUUUAUUCCAGAAAUUUGGUCCUUAAGGGGUUAAUGCCAGCUACUAUAUACACAUAUAUGUCUAACUGAACAAUACUUUCUAUGAGCAGGAGCCGUUUAAUUCCAAGUUGUCACCAGCCAAUAUAAAAAGUCAUGUCUGUCAUUGUAUAUAGCCGCAAAAUCUUGUAUAUUUGAUAAAUAAGUAAACCGCUUAAUGUAUUUAUUGAGUAUAAUUUAAACAGAAUGUUGCUUCAUAACAUUCGAGUUUUACUUAUUACAGCCACUGUUUUGUUCUAUCUAUGACUGGCCCAGCAUUAUAGGGGUUACAGUUAGUUCAUCAGGAGGUUGUUAAUCAUAAACAAAAAUUUUUUCGUAUAGGAUGGUGUAGUCCAGGGAUCAUGUCCUAAAAUAAUACAUGUGGGAACAAGACUGCAUUCCUUCUUAAUUCUUAGUCUCAUUCUUAAGGAGUCCAUUAACACUCUCAACCUUUCUCUUCCAUCCAUGCAUUGAUAUUAUGUUGAUAUUGUCAUUGCAGAAGAGGAACAUCUGCAUUAGCAACAAGUGAAUAGGGGGAUGGGCUGCAGCUGCCUCCAAGACCUCUGGUUUUGGUCAAACCACUCACAAACAGUAUGACCCAGAGCAGGGGUAUGGAGUCUGCAUCCUAAUAACACCGUAACCACUACACCAGAAGUGUUUCUAAUGUUUUUAGUUAAUGCUACUGCUUUAAAAUGGUCUGUCUGCCCACUGUAUGUACGUCCAAGUUUGUCCUUGUGGUGUGUGCGGCGUACACCCUACACACGCAUAAUAGUGAAAUUCUCUCUGUUCUCCUUGCGGAGAGCCAAUCCCUGGACUUGGAAUGUGCCUUAAAUGGUUCAACCAACACUAAACAGUGAAACAGGUUGUGUAUAAAUUAGUAGCAGCCCUGGUAUCACCAUCCUGUGAUGAUUGGAGCAGUUAUUUCGAAAUUACCUAUUUAUCCCACAGUCCUCUGCUAUACAGCCCAGGACUCAUACCGUAUUACUGUCCAUGGUUUGAGAGAGAAAUCAGAACUGGAUAUUCUGCUUUAUCUAAGUAACUACAGAAAUAUUGAGCUUUAUCUGCCCCUGUUUUCUGUCAAACCACUUGAAAAAAUGACUAAUAUGGCUCCCAAAACCAUAUCUCCAGAACCACUGUAAUUAGCUAUAGUGUUUAUGGCUGCUUACAAUGCCCCAGGCUAGGCACACCUAUUGCAAGUAUAGUAAGUGAGCAGUGUUUCCAUUGCACUCGUUCCCGAUGUAGCCAGUACCACUGUUUUGUCAUUGUUUUUUGUUUUGUUUUUGUACAUUUAUUAUUUUGUUAAUGUGUACAUAAAGACUGUUAAUGCUGUGCGCUAGGAUGGUAGUGCCAGUUACCGUAUACCUGUCCCCAGGUUAUUUACAGUCUGUUCAAACUUAUGACCUCAUCCGGUUACUACUGAAAAGGGAAAAAAAAAAAAAAAACGGUCGUAUUAAUGAGUAACUUCUUUCUCUUAACUCUAAAGAUUGUCAUUUAUUCAUGGAAAAAAAGUUCUCGACUUCCAUUUUACUCUCUCUCUCUCCCCCCGUUCCCCUAAAGGAUGGGGACAAUUGUCUAAGUCCUGAACCUAAACAAAACCUAGAAUUUGAGCUAUAUUUGCUCAACCAUAAUUUACCCUUCAUAUGAAGUGUAUCCCACAUUUAUUAUACAUCAUUUUUGUUCAGGAGCAACGGGGCUUUCAUUUCACUUCAAAUAUAUAGAUAUGAAAUAUAACUUCAUAUGAAUAAAAUAUAAAAAAGUUUGAGAAAUUAUGAAACUUUAUUUUCACCAAUAUUAACUUCAAACGUUUUACUGCUCUAAAAAAUGUGUGUGUGUGUGUGUGUGUGUGUGUGUGUUCAGCUAUGUCUCACAAAUACAAGUAGUACCUCCUAUGUACAGGGUUUAUGCGGUUUUGGAAGGUUAGAGGGUGAAAUGUAGGACUUGUCCAUUUCUGUCUUAAUACCUGGACCUUUUCUGGGCCUCUGUCACCUUUGAAAGAGUAUAGCAGUCUGAGUUAGGACGUGUUAUUACGCCCUAAUGACAUUAAAGCCCAUGCUGUUCAGGGCGUAAUGACUUGUCCUAAUGGGGACACUGAGUUAAUUUGAAAGGUGGUGAAAGGGAAUUACAGCAAUUAUUUAGUAUUUUUACAUUUAAUCGCUGUGUGACAGAAAUCCUUCUUGAAAGAAUCAAAGUUUUUGAUGUUAAUUUCAAGUCAUUGUGGAUUGCUGCCAGUGGAUGAACUUCAAAUAAGGGACGUUAUAGUGUUAGGAAUAGAAAUGUAAAUGGUGCCCUGGUGCUGGUCUCUGUGCUGGAUCCCUGCCAUAGGGAAGCAUUAGCCACGCUGUAUCAAUCAAACUCUCUUAAUGAAAGCCAUUUGAGCUAUAGCUGCGGGACAGCUUCUAUUGGCUGUAUUCUUGACAUUAUUGCUCUACCUUAUAUCCAGCAUAACAUAAUGUGCUAACAAUCAGAUACCACCUGUCUAGUAUUGUCUCGCUUGUAUUUUCUGUUGUAGAGUGCUGCAGAAUAUUCUGAAUCUUCGUAAAACUAAAUCUAAAACGUUAAAGACCUCUGACAGCAUUCGCUGUCCUAAACAGUGUAAGAUUUUGAGGAUCACAUUCCAAAAUGGAAUGUCAUACUUGUUUAAUUAUAAGCGAUGUUGACAGAAUGUGUAGGAGGGUUAAAUAUGUAUGUUUGAGAGAAUUCUAUGUUACUAGAGGAUUUAAAUGAAGGCAAUUCUUAAAGCACUCCAUUCAGUCCUGUUUAUCUUCAUUUUGAGCAAAUACAAUUGAUGAACAUAGACCUAAUUUUAAUGUUUUUUUUUGUUUUGUUUUGUUUUUUCUAUGUGUGGAUUGCCGAGAAUUCAAAGUGCGUUCGAAAUUAUGGGCCAAAAUAAACCUGCUGGAAACAUAGCUGUCUUGGGGGAUUUUCCAAUUUACCUGUUUUUGGCCUUAAAAUUAUAUUCACUUUGAAAGUCAGGGUAAUUCACACUUUAGUAAAUCGAGGAUGAAAUUCUAUUUCCAAAUGUUGUGUAGUGUAAUUAACUUGCUACCGCACACCAUUGGUAGAAAAUAAUUAAGUUCUUUAUGGGUUAUCUCUGCCUCUGUAGGCUCUUUUUAUAAAUUGCAAAUUUCAUAAGAAAUUGGCACUUUCAGUAACUCCUCCCUUUUUUAUUUUUCCUUAUCAAUGAAAGCUUCUGUCAAUUUAUUUGAAAUAUACUAUUUGUUUUUAAGUUUAACAGUACUGUGUGACAGCGUGUUACUGAUGAAUCUAUUUGUUGAAGCUAGGAUUUUCUAAAUAAAUUAGGAGUGCUUUUUGGGGUUAAAUGUAAAGAUACCAGUCAGAUAAGGCUGCAUAUAAACAUUCCGGUAAACAGUGAAGUAGAUCCAACCCUUUCUCGAUGCAUUUAGAAUGUCUGUCCAUUCUUAGAAAUGUUUUAUUGGAAAACAAAUAUGCAAAAUGUGUAUUUUGCAUGGAGCAUUUCCUGGAAUGAGGCUACUCAUAGUAAUUAAUGGAGUUUGUUGGUAGCAAUUAGUUAUGCGCAAGAACAUUGUGCCAUUUUAUUAAGCCUGAUUGUGACUUGUUAUGGCCAUGCUAUGAUUUGACGGUUUACCUAGGUAUUUUUUUUUUUUUUUUUUUAAUAGGAUAUGUCAAUUAUCUUUUAAAACGAUAUAAUUGGUUAGCCAAACCCUAAUACACCAGAGACAUAAAACUAGGGGUAAUUGAUGGAGGAAGGCAAUUCAGCAUCUUAUUAUAGUGUGUCUUUGUCAUCUUGUUUAGAAAGAUAAAAGUGUAGUCUUAGAUCUCCAUCCAUUUGUGCUUUUUGUAGUUUCACGUAAGUAUGAUAAUGGCCAAUUCUUUAAUAAGUGUAGAAUGCUCACGCCAGGAGUUGUCCAAAGAUGUGAUUCAGAUGUCAUGGCUUGAUCUCACAAAGAGCACUUUUGUACAUCUGACGCAAAAUAUAAUUAAAAGGAUCAUUAACUAUAAGCAAGGAGGAUAUAUUUUUAUAUAUUAUGACCUUUUUAUUGUAAUUGCUCUGAAAAUUCUGUUAUGAAGGGAUUAUAGAAAAAAAGAAAGCAAUGAUGGUAAUUGGGUUGUUUAAAAAAAACACUGUAGACCUAUCAAAUGUCAGUAACAGACGUAAAGGGUAGGAAAGUAAUACUCCAAAAAUUACAGAAGGCUUGUCUAUCAAGCUACAAUUCAAAAUUAAAACCUAAACAGUGCCAUGGUAUAUAAUAUAUAAACAUAGUCCCUCAUGAGGCUAGGCCAGAAAUCAAGUAGGAAGCAUUGUCUCCUAUAACUGGAACUGUUUGCUCAUUGUGUUAAAUACAUAGACCUCUUUGAAAAUUUCAGGUUUGUUCCUAUAUUCUUCAAAUAGUGGUCAAACUUUGCUUUGAAAUGUUCACGGUAUUCAGGUGUCCUAUUUUUAUGUAACAAUUUAUUAUGUUCUUUUUUUUUUCUUAUGAAUUUUUCUACUGUUGUAUGCAUCAUUGUAAUGAUGUUAUUCUUUUUAAUUUAGCAAUCACUCACAAAUGUCUGGCGGAGGCUCUUCAACAACAAGAUCUAAGGGCAGAAAUGCAAAUGGACGGGGAAAUGGGCGAGCAGCCCAUUAUGAUGAGGUACCUAUAGACUCACAUCUCCCACAGGAGAAUCUUCACAGCUUACAGGAGUGUGAGUUGGCUCUCAGUUCAGAUCCAUUACCUCCACCUCCUCUUCCUCUUGCUCCCCCUUUUGGCCCUGAGUUUUAUCCAAGUGAUAGUGAAGAUCCAGUGACUGCUCUUGAAUUUAGACCUGUAAGAAGAUUUAUUCCAAGUUCCUGGAAAAACUUUUUUAAAGGGAAAAAAGAAAAUCAAUGGGCAGAACCUGCAUCAGAACUUAACUACAUUUCAGGUGGAGCAGAAUGUUCACCACCACGAUCUCCAUCUCUGCCUGCCUCACAAACAUACGGCAGAGGCUCAGCAGCAGAUUCGAAAGCUGCAGGUAGUUCCUACAAAGACCCUUACGGAGGUUCAGGUGGAGGAAGCUACAACUCAAAGAGAGAAGGUGAAGCCAUACUUCCUCAUGACCCAUAUGAUUCUCUGGAGUGCCAGACCCACCAUACUGUGAAGACCUACAGUGAAAAAGUAGAAGAAUAUAACUUGAGAUAUUCCUACAUGAAAUCCUGGCCCGGCUUGCUUAGGAUCUUGGGCGUAGUGGAACUUUUGCUUGGAGCUGGUGUUUUUGCAUGUGUUACCGCAUAUAUCCACAAAGACAAUGAAUGGUAUAAUAUGUUUGGCUACUCUCAGCCAUAUGGCUACACUGCAAGUAUGCAAGGAGGAUACUAUUACAGUGGGCCAAAGACUCCUUUUAUUUUAGUGGUGGCUGGUGUGGCCUGGGUAGUGACAAUUAUUGUUCUUGUACUCGGUAUGUCCAUGUAUUACCGGACUAUCCUCCUAGAUUCCGGUUGGUGGCCCCUAACAGAGUUUGGAAUAAACAUUUGUCUUUUUAUUCUUUACAUGGCUGCAGCUAUUGUCUAUGUUAAUGACACUAACCGCGGGGGACUAUGCUAUUACCAGUUAUUCAAUACCCCUAUGAAUGCAUCAUUCUGCCGCGUGGAAGGAGGGCAGACUGCAGCUAUCAUAUUUCUGUUUGUCAUAAUGCUUGUUUAUCUCAUUGGUGGAGUAAUUUCUUUGAAGCUCUGGAGGCAUGAAGAGGCCAGAAAGAGACGAGAGUUCAUAGGGCAUGAGGUAAGACUGUAACGGUAUAAAAAUCUUUGUUGUAAUAUUUUCAUUAAAGUUGUUUUGUUUUUUUUAACAAAAAAGUCAUUAUGGCUUCUUUGUUGCAACUCGCAACAAAGAAGCCAUAAUGACUUUUUAAGUUUCUGAACAAAGGACAGAAAAAAACAAAACAAUUAAACAACGGACAAAACCUUUUUAAAAUGUAUGUAGCACUGUGUGUGCUUUAAAAUUUAUAUAUUGACAAAUGUAUAAAUGUAACGGAUAACGAAGAGGAUGAAACGAGUGACAAUUAUGCAAAAGCUGACCAAAAAGGAGAACAGCUCCUCACCAGGUACCGAUGUGGUCACCAUUUGGGACAUUUCCAAUGUGGUUGGGAUUGUAGCGGAGAGCUGGUAUUACACAGCCUAUCUCCACUUUGGAUCCCAGUAAGGCUCAGGAACAAGUAUAAUAAAUCCACAGAGUAAUAAUCCCAGCAGGCAAAAAGAGUCCAACAAUAUCCUAAUCGCAAUCCCAAUGACUGGACGACACACAGCAUCAGGAGCAGAACUAAAGAUUUAUUCACAGCAGUUCCUUAUAAAGGAUUCUCCCAUGCAAGGGAGGGAUUUACAGUCAUUAUAGCAGUAACCAAUAAUACAGAGGUUCCCUCCCCUACUUUCCCUCCCUUCAGUGUGACACUUAAUCCACUUAAUCCUGGUACCUUUUCCCCCUGUUUCUUGGAUGUACCCCAAAACCGUGGGGUACCAGGACUUAAGUGGCAUCCCCUGGUAGCCCUGGUCUGGGUGACCAACAUACUCAAAAUUCACCCAGAUCAGACUAGGGGUUCAGGAGUUAUAGGGAAUAAACGAUUUGACCGACCGCACACGACUAUGUAGCCGAAAGGAGUUCCAUGUAUUUUGGCCCUGCGGUCGGUCUGCGUUCGGGAGGUAAAACAGGUAGAAAUCCUUGCCAUCCAUAGAUAAUACCAGGUUCGCACGAACCCCCUUGUUUGGUAUAUGGAACUCACCGAACGAGGAGUCGAAUAGCCCCUCUGUUCGUGAGUUCUGGAGCUCUGGAGGACUCAGCGGUGUUCGCGCAAUUGAGUGUCCGAUUUGAGUUCCAGACACUCGACGACAAAACACCGCUGAGAGUUCGUGCGUAAGAUGCCCGCUGCCGCGUGUUAGUCUACCGAAUGGCGGCCACCCAGAUACAGCAAUACAACAUCAAUUAACUGCGGUUAGAGAGGGAAUAAGGGUUUAACUAGGGACACACUUCUUCUCUAAGGUGGUCUAUGCAUUCGGUAGUUUCCAUUCGUAUAAACUAUGAAGGAAACUACCGAACUAACAUACGAAUGUAUAUGCAAUUUUCAAUGUACAGGCAGUUUAAACAUGCGAACAGUCUUUUAAAAUAUAAUUCUGGCGGACAGUCACAUGCCAUCCGCUACAGGGAUCUUAUUAUUGAAGAAUUUCCACCUGUUUCCUGGCAUAUCGGUAUUGGUUUAACCUCAACGAAUUGUAUCCAGCACCUGUUAAUCUGCCCCUGUUCUUACUCUUUAGUUUGAGGCUUGAAUCAGUAAGCCUUGGACAGUGACACCGUCGAUUGGUUUAGAACAGGGGUGCCCAAAAGGGUAGCUCCCCAGAUGUUGUAGUACUACAACUUCCAAGAUGCUUUUAGAAUUCCUUUAGAAUGACAAAGCACCAUGGAAACUGUAUUUUUAAAACAUAUGGGAAUCUACAUUUUAGGCACCCCUGUUUUAGAGCAUCAAAACCUCUCAGUCAAUCAGUAGCUUCCAUUCACAAAAUGACUUGAGUAAAAUAUGUACUUUUUCUCAAGCUGUUUUGUGAAUGGAGAGCUACUGAUUGACUGAGAGCGUUAGCAGACUCUCUAAAUUAAAUGAAUCAGUGGUGCCCCAUCCAAGGCUUUCUGAAUCAAGAAUAGGGAAAAAACGCAAAGGAGAGGGCCAGAUGUAACUUGCGCUAGAUACAACACUUUGGGGCUAAACUGUUAGAUAACUGUUUAACCACUAAAGGUAAGCAGAUGCCAGGGACUUCCUGGCACCAUAACUACUUAUUUUUUUCCAUUUUGGAGUUAUGGUGCCCGGAAGUUCCCUUGACGGUUUCUUUCUGCCUUAUUCCUUCAUGCAGAACUUCAGUCAGUAAGAAACUGUUUUUUUUUUUGUUUUUGUUUUUUUUUUUGGCACAAUACUGAACAUGGCUGUUAUUGUUUAUUCAUUAGCAUACCAUUCACAGAUUAGCUGAAUUGUUAUAUGCAACUUGGUUAACUGAAGGACUCAGUGAUGUCAAAUUAAUCUCAAUAUAAUCCCAGAGAGUUAUAGAAUAUUAUGUGUUCACUACCUUGAAAUAUUCCACCUACGAACAUAUAACACUAAAAAGGAGAUUUAUCAAAGCAGAGCAAGUUCUAUUCUAUGGCAGAGCUCUAAAUGCUUUGAGAUAUUCUAUUGGUUUCCAUGGUGAUUGGUCCUAAUUUAGCAUGUUGCCCCAGAAUAACAGAUUUUCUUGCCUUAAAAAAUCCUCAUCUCCAUUAUUCCUUUCAUACAAUACAUAUACAUUGUCCCAGUGGAUUUACAUGUAGAUAACUGCAUUUUCCAAUUGACUUCUUUUCGGGCCAUGAUUUUAGUUGUUUAUUGUUGUUAAGUGUAUUUUGUGUGUGUGUGGUUUUUUUUGUUUUUGUUUUUUUGUUUUUUAAUUCGUUUUUCUUUGUUUAUCACAAAAACAGGUUAUUUUUUUUGUUUUUUUUUUACAUAGUGGGUGCCCUUAUAAAAAUGUGAUAUUUCACUGGCUCCCAAAAGAAAAAUAAGCAAGGUGAUCUGUAUGUUGCCUAAAAUGUAAAUGCAUUAAUCUUCUUCUGAUAAAAAGCACAUCCUAAUUUUAAGGUUUAUACACACAGGAUGUUAAUGCUCUUUUCAUUAUGGCUACAUGUGACUUGGAUGAUUGCUUGACAAAUCUGUUUUUUAUUUGAUAGAUGAAUUCUCAGAAUAAUCCUCAGAGCUAUCCACCAAAAGUCACGGUAAGUAACAUAUUUUUAUCGCAGCAUUAUUUUAUUGUUGUAUUGUAUCUGAUCUGAUACUCAUUAAAGAGAUGAGUAGGCACCAUAGAUCAAUUGCGCUGCCCCCGGCAUAGUAAUUGUUAAAAUGCCUUGUACUUGCCAGAAUCUAGCGCUAAUGCACAUGAGCAGCAAAUGCUGCAAGCUGAUUAGGCCUUCCCCAUAGGAAUGUACUACUGCAAUGCUUUCUUAGUGGGAAUUGACUGAUGCUGUACAUGACCAAAAGUCACCUAACCAUUAGGAAGUGCCUGUUGUGGCUGUCUGACAGCCACAAGAGGCAGUCUUAUCCCUGCAAGAAACUGCAAUAAUUACCAUUGCAGGGUUAAAGAGACAGAGACAAUGCACCCCACUGCCAAUCUAGUACACUGAUGCCCAACUGCACAAACCAACUACAUGUCACAUAUAUAUAUAUAUAUGCUCCCUAACAAAAGAUCACAUCAACAUCAAAAUCACCCUUCGACCAUAAUUGUUGUGCAGUGUUGCAUUCAUUCACCUAUUCUGUGUAACAAAUUAAAACAAAGUGGAUACUUGGUCUCAUAUAGGAAGCUUGUCUCCUGAAUCUGAAUUCCAUCCAGUGACUUAUGAUCCCAUUGUAUUUUGUGCGAUAUUUAUCAUAGAAAAGCAGAGUGGGAUAGAGGAUUUGUAAACCAUAGUACUUCACAGCUACCACCCUAGGUGGCAUGUGUAAUUACAAUCUUUUUAAUGAAAAACAAGCUGUAAAAAAAAUAAUUGGAUAACCAUUGUAGUAACAGUUUCAUAUUCUGCACCAGCGUUGUCUUAAAUCCAAGAAAAGCACAUUACCAGUGAUUCUGUUUUUUUUAAAUGCAGUUGGAUAUUUUAGACAUGUUAGAUUGAAGCAUGAUAUUUGGGGAUCGAAGGAUAGAUCUUGCACAAUUUUUUGAAUACAGUACAAAAAAAUAUAGUAUAAAAAAAUUAUACAUAUAAAAAAGAAAUGUUCUUAAAGGACCACUAUAGUGCCAGUAAAACAUACUCGUUUUCCUGGCACUAUAGUGCCCUGAGGGUGCCCCCACCCUCAGGGUCCCCCACCCGCCCGGCUCUGGAAAGGGGAAAGGGGUAAAACUUACCAUUUUCCAGCGCUGGGCGGGGAGCUCUCCUCCUCCGAUCCUCCUCCUGGGCUGAAUGCGCACGCGCGGCAAGAGCUGCGCGCGCAUUCAGCCAGUCGCAUAGGAAAGCAUUAUCAAUGCUUUCCUAUGGACGCUUGCGUGCUCUCACUGUGAAAAUCACAGUGAGAAGCACGCAAGCGGCUGUCAAUGAGACCGCCGCUAGAGGGAAUGGGGGGAAGGCUUAACCCAUUCAUAAACAUAGCAGUUUCUCUGAAACUGCUAUGUUUAUAAAAAAAUGGGUUAACCCUAGCUGGACCUGGCACCCAGACCACCUCAUUAAGCUGAAGUGGUCUGGUUGCCUAGAGUGGUCCUUUAAUUGUUUAAAGUAAUAAAUAAACUAUGAAUUGGCAGGACUUGUUAGAUUUGGGAAAAUAAAGACCGCUAGUGUGACAGAACCAUCUGUCUGCUUGGAUUUUUACUACGUUCGUCUGUUUGUCCCCCGUUCGUAUGAAUGGCUGGUUUCUAUAGCCCAGCCAUUCGAAUGACUCUUCUUCCCGAACAAACCUGCCGAACGAACGGCCACCCAAGUGAGGAGUGUGCUGCUGGUUAACGAAGUGAUCCCAAUUAGAACGUUGUGGUUAACCGCAGACACUUCUCAAUUAAACCGAAUUCAGGGUGGUCGCCGUUCGUAUGUCGACCACGAGGCAGCGGCCAUUUUAAAUCAAGCGAACGCCCAGCGGUGUUUGGCUCUAUUUCUAUGGAACUGAAAACUGACACUUUUUCUGCCGAACACCGCUGAAACAACGGAACGCCUGGCUGCCUCCACGAAAGCAUGCGAACACCGGCCGUUCGGGAGAUUGAGAGCAUACGAAAAGACUUAACCCAGAUAGCCUUCCCAUGGAGUCAUUCGUAUACCGAAAGACUGUAAGAACUUUGACUCCAUGGCGAUUGAACUAUGUGUGUGGGAUCUGAGCGCUAUUCGCUAAUAAUAUGCACUCAGAUCCAGGCUAUCUGGGGACAUGUAAUACGAAUGGGAAAUGUUCAGUUUUUAUGUAGUUAUAUAUUUUUAUGUCUUUUAUUAUUUUAUGUCUAAGAUGGCGACUGGCUUUGUCCUGGAGUUAAUUGAGUUACUUGGUAAUUAACUCCAGGGCAGAGGGGAGGGAAUCAUAAUGCACUGUGGGUAAAAUCUGUGACUGUGUGUCUGGGAUGUCCCCAGAUCUGUCUGUAAUUUAAGUCCCCCAUUUGGUCCCCUAGGGGAGUGUCCACCAAGUGGGAGACCUGCAUAAAUACGGGCAGGUAGCCCACAGUAAAGCCAGAUUCUGUUUGACUCUCAAUGCGGAGCUUCUGUCUCGUUAUUGGGGGGGCUUUCUUCUUCACGUUUAGAGACUGCUGGAUGGAACGAAAGCCGCUUGGGGAAUAUUGCUGUUCGACGGUUACCAGCAGUUCGUGUAUUGCCGUUCGGGAGUUUGGAGCCGUUCACUGAUCUCGAUCGAACACAUUUCUAUGAUGGCCAGUAUUAGGCUUUCAGCCUGUGUGAUCGGACCAUAUAGACUAGCCUUCACUCCCCACAUACGUCAGUGAGCCUUGGGCACCCAUGACCCUGACGCCGGCUCCGCCCAUGCAUCAGUGAGCCUUGGGCACCCAUGACCCUGACGCCGGCUCCGCCCAUGCAUCAGUGAGCCUUGGGCACCCAUGACCCUGACGCCGGCUCCGCACAUGCAUCAGUGAGCCUUGGGCACCCGUGACCCUGACGCCGGCUCCGCACAUGCAUUAGUGAGCCUUGGGCACCCAUGACCCUGAUGCCCCACAAACGUCAGUGAGCCUUGGGCGCCCUUUGAUCUCCUUUGUUGACCUCAGCAUGGUCCUCCUCAUGGACAGAGCCAGUGCUCCAGGCACAGACAAUGGCCCACUGAGCCCCUAUUUGUCCCAGGCUCCAGGCGGCUGCCUUUACAACGUUGAAUCAAGUAUGUAUAUAUCCCUAUCUCCUUAAAAUAAUAUUUAAAUAAACAAAGAGGGCGCUGCUCAAACGUGUUUACAAUCUAGGACAUCUGUCUCUAUUCCCAAACUAGUAGUUGUCAGAGCAUCCAUGACUAUAUUGAACCUCAGCAGUAACCAUUCUAAUACAGGCAGCUAGCUCCGCUUUCUAACUAUUGUUUUGGAAUGGGAUUGCCUGGUAACAAUGUUUGAGAAUGGAAAAGAUUAAAAAAUAGUGUUAGUCUAUUCAUUACUUAUCCUGUUUCAUAACUAAAGUCUGGAAUGGGUCAUUGUGGGUGAAAAUGUACAGAAUUUUACAAAAAAAUUAACUAAAAUCUCUCUUUCGUCCUGCAUGUGGUGCAUCGUUCUUGUUUAUGUACUGGUAGAUUUUGUUUGUUUUUGCUUUUAUUGCUUGUGAUAUUUUCUUUUUAAGUCGCGGUUUACACCAGCAGAGUAAUCAGCAGAUUCCAGCUGUGACUUGCUCCGUGGAAUGGGAAACAUACCAGUACUAACUUGUCAUUAUAUGUGGCCCUUAGCUAUUUUUUAAACUUAUUUCAGCAUUUGUUGCUUUUACAUCUCAGUGUAGAAUAAUAAUAUAAUAAUUGCUUUUUAUAUGGCCUAGUUAUAUAAAGGAGACUUUAAUAAAACAAGUAUAAUUAAUUUUACAGCAAAAAUCUAUUCCAUGCCAAUCAGUGGUUCUGUACCCCCCCUUUUUUUUUUAACUGGAAUCCACAUUACAUUAACAUGAUGACUCCUGCUUAAAGGGACACUAUAUUCACCAGAACAACUUCAGCUUAUUGUAUUUGUUCAGGUGAGUAUAAUCAUUCCCUUCAAACUUUUUGCAGUACAUACUGUCUUAUCAGAGAAAAUGCAAUGUUUACAUUACAGCCUAGGGAUACCUCCACUGGUCACUCCUCAGAUGGCUAGUAGAGGUGCUGCCUAGUAUGCAUCACAUCAGGGAAAAAAUAAAAUCAACUCACUGACUUAUUUUGUGAAGGUUGUGUAAAUAAAUUUUAUAGAACAAUUAUGAAAUGCUUGGAGUAGACUCUUCUCGCUGUCCAGCGUGGUCUCCAUAACAUUGAAGGAGGUGCUGCUGUUCACGGAGGAUUUGAUUUUAAUUUCAUAGAUGUGUCUGAUUAGGCUGUAAAAUAUUUCAGAGAGUCAAAUACAAUUUGGGGCAGUAUAGAGUGAUGCUAGAUAUUAAAGGGGAGGAAGCUGUUUUAGAGAAAAAAAAACAACCUAAUGAGUGAUCCAUGCUAAAUCAUCUAUUGGAGUUUACUAAAGGGUCUGUGUUAAUGUGUAUAAUACUAAUUCAUUUAUAUGUGCUUUCCAAUGUAGUUAAUAGCUGUGAACUGUUUAGGGUUGAAAAGUGUUGCUUUCCUUUUAGAUCAGUGGAAAUGCCUGGGCAGUUUUAUUUAUUUUCUGUUAGUUAUAUAUUUUAUCGACUCCCUGCUAUUGACAUCGAUGGUAUUUUUUUUUUUUUUUUUUUAAUUCAGGUACGUUUACUGUAUACCUGUUAUUGUUGCAGUGUUGAUGUAUCUGACUACAUCUUCUCGAUUCAGAUCAAUUUUGGACAUCCGCUUUGUAAAUGAUAUUUUAGGCUUUUUAUUAUUUUCUCCGUGCCUGCUUUGAUCCUAGAAAUAAGAAUAUAGAGAUGUCAAUGAGGGGGUUACUGAGAAAUGUGACACAGUGCUAUUUUUAAGCAAAUUUCCAAUUUUGGUGUUUUAAAGGGACACUAUAGUCACCAGUGCAACUUCAUGUAUUCCUGACCCUAUAGUGUUAACACCACCAUUUAGCCCCCCUCGGCCCCUCAUGCCUCCAUAAAUAUAGUAACAAUCUUACUGUAUUCAAGCCAGAAGCUGUAAAUCUGCAUGUUGGUUGCCUAAAACACAACAGUCUGCUGACAUCAUCAGAAGUGGUGGCCUGAUCCAAUCACAAUGCUUCCCCAUAGGAUUGGCUGAGACUGACAAGGAGGCAGAUCAGGGGCAGAGCCAGCAUGAUUCAAACACAGCCAAUCAGCAUCUCCUCAUAGAGAUGAAUGGAAUCAAUGAAUCUCUAUGAGGAAAGUUCAGUUUCUGCAUGCAGAGGGAGGAGACACAGAGCUGCCCUGUGCUCUGCUGAUAGCAGAUCUGAGUGGAUUGAGGAGUUUUAUGACUCCAUCAACUCGGAAGUCCCUCUGGUUCACUGUGAGUGACUGCAACUGGAGGUGUUCCUAGCUUUAAAUGUAAACACUGUAUUUUCUCAAAAAAUACAGUGUUUACAUGAAAAAAGGCUGCAGGGAGCUACAGUUCUCACCUGAACAACCUCAUUAAGCUGAAGUUGUUCAGGUGACUAUAGUGUCCCUUUAAGGUCACUGUGUUAAAGAAUCUGGCCACGUGUAGCAUUGGAAUGACAUUUUAGUAAUUAAAUAAACCAAUACAGUUGCCAUUCAUUGUAAGGAAUCCAGUCAUCAUCGUUCUGGUAUGUACUAAUCUAUCUGCUCCAUUUAUGUAUCUGUAUAAUGAAAGGAGUAAUGCUUUGCAUAUUUCUGUAAUUACAUAGAGAAGAAGCAUUAAGAUAAAAAUCAUUGAUCAUAAUGAUCAUGGUCAUUAAAUGUAGACUAUAGUGCCAGGAAAACAUUAGGAAUUCACCAUAGGAAAGCAUUAUACAAUGCUUUUCUAUGGGGUUUUGGGUGAAAUCGGAUGUCCUCACGCUACGCAAAGUCGCUGAAAUGCAGAACUUGGUACCUGGCCCCCCUCUUGCCGGAGAUUGAAGGUGAUUUUCUUCCCCUUGUCUUCCACACCGCAUAUUGCGGCGGCUGGAGAUUAUGCGUUUUUAUGAUCUCAUCCAAUCCAGUGCCUUCCCAUAGUGAAACCAGCAUCUCCUCAUACAGAUGCAUUGAAUCACACUAAGACAGGAAGCACUUUGUGGCCGUCUGAGGGAUUGCCACUAGAGGUUUUAUUAGUCAGCAAGGCUUUUCUUUAAAUGCUAACACUGCAGUGACAGGCUAUAGACACCAGAACUACAUUAGGCUGUAUUGGCUCUGGUUACUUUAGUGUUCCUUUAACGGUAAUAAAGCAACUUUUUUUUAAUAAUUCUUUAUUUUUGUUGUGCAUUGAAAAUACAUAUACGCUCAUUUGCCACCGCCGCAAUAGUAAGCACAGUGGUGUACAAGCAAAAAAAAAUGUGUGACAUUCAGAUAAUCUGCACAAAAAUAAAGCAAUUUUUAAUGAAUCCUCACCCCCCACAGCCUUCUCUAUACAUUAGCUUUUCUUAAUUAGCUCCCAUAAAACCAUAAAGGUGUUAUAGUAUCAAGAUGGGAAAUAAUUUAAGGUGUUUCUACCUUAAGGCUGCAAGCAUACUUUCUUUUAGAUCAGAAACUGACCGUAGAUGUUCUAACAUACUGUAAUCACAAUUUAAAGAAACAGAUAAUGAAGAGGUAGGAAAAUGUAAUACUCUAAUAGUCAGGAAAUGUUCCUGGUUAACAGCCAAAAAAGGAACAUGUGUUCAUAUUAUAGAUAUUACAGUAAAGUGUAUUCUAGCAAAUUGCAUAUAUUCAUUAUAUUGCAUAUAUAAAUUUUUAUCUCCGACUCCUUACCACAGUUGUUGGUUAGAUAAGGAUCAGGUAUUUAGUAUCUAUUUUGCAUUUUUAUUAUGUCUAAGAAAAACCGUAAUAAUAUAGCUAGUAACAGGAAAAAUGUCAAAGUAUUGCCCAAAGAUCAAUGGCUCCAUUAUAUCCAGGACAUUUUUCCUCUGUUAGCUGAACUGUUCUAACAACGUCCUCCAGGGGGUACAAAUUGCCCUGUCUGUAACCAGUUUCUGGAAUAUAGUAAUGUAAUAAUAUAGUAAUGUAAAUGUCUUUAUUUUUUUAUUUCCCCAGCGCGAUGUUGCCUUAGGUUAUGACCACCCACAGAAUGUUCCUGACCAACAAAGAAAAUUAAAAGUGCUUGAGGUGAAACCGGAACUUCUUAAUGGAUACAUUCCUGCUGGUCAUAUACCAAAGCCUAUUGUAAUGCCUGACUACGUGGCGUGAGUAUCAUUUUAAUUUCAGUUGUUAAAGUUAAUCGGUUCCCUCUUCCAUUGCUUUUGACAGUCAUGAAUAAUAUCACCUACCAUCAGACAUAUGACUGUAACAAUGUACCUGUUGACUGGCGGAAGCUUAACGUUAUUGUAGGAUUAUCCAAGGAUAAAUCUGACUGCCAUUCUGGGGUCAAGAAGGAAUUUUUUUCCUAGCUUGUUGCAAAAUUGUGCUUCAAACUGGGUUUUUUUUGCCGCCUUUUGGAUCAACAGCAAAAAACAAAUGUGAGGAAGGCUGAACUUGAUGUGCACAAGUCUCUUUUCAGCUAUUUAACUAUGUAGAUCAUUUCCAUGUUGCUUUGCCAUCCUUAAGUGUUCUAUCUUUAUGGCCAACCUGGGUGUUGAAGUAUUUUAAAAGAAAGAAAGAAAAUUCACAGUGUCUUUCCUGCUGACAUUGAUGCUGUACACAGACAAAGCUGAAUUGGGAACAUGCACCUGGAACAUUCAUUUCUAAGUAGUGGUGCUGCCGUAAGGAUCAGAAUAUAUACAAAAUAAUUAUUAUUGAACAGACAAACUAAAAUCAGUGCCUAAGCAUAGGUAAGAAGGUGUCAGUGUCCUUACUGAAAUAUGGCGGCUGUUUUUUGUGUCUCAGGAGUGCGGCCUACUUACUUAGUUUGACCCUCUUUUCAGCUGAUGAACCAUAUAGCAUUCAUAAAACUUUGAGCUCUCGCAUCAGUUUGGUAAUUCUUUGGUUUCCUAAACUUUUCCCUCACUAUUCUCGAUACCCUAACUUACUUAAAAAAACCUGGUCAUGCAGAGUUAUUUAUUAAAGUGUGAAUUGUUGAGAAUCCAAAGUAAAUUUUCAAAUUUAGGUCAAGGUAGCAACACUGAAGUCAUAACUAGCUUGGGCGAUUUUCCAAUUUGUAUUAAUUUUUGGCCUGAAAGUUUAGAAUUUUGCGUUUGUUCCCUACAAUUUACUCAUUAUCGAAUGACCUGUUGGAGUUAAUUGUCCCCCAACUGCUUUGUUAUAAUGCCAGCAUGCUAAUAUUGGAGACCUAUGCUCCAAUUCUGAUUAACGUAAAAGGAAAUACAACCUUUAUACUAUGUAACUGUUUGCUUAUACAUGGUGCUAAUGACUUCUCUCCUUGUGAUUCAUGACUCCUAUUUAUGAUCAAAGGACGUUAAUGGAUUAUAUUAUAAUUUAAGUGCCAACAUAUUGCACAAUGCAGCACAUAUUGAUUAAGGAUUCAUUAAACUAUUCUAUUGUUUAGUUUAACAUUCUAGCAAAAUGCUGUUUUAUUUAUAGUCAUUAAAAAGAAUGGAUGUCAGAUCAGUGUGUGUAAUGAACAUUCACUCGAGAGGGACUGAUGAGGGAUAGUUAAGACAUUAUGGACCUCAUUUACUUCAGGUCCACUCUUGGCCAUAAAACAUUUUUCUCCUCCCCUGCCCCCUUUCUUGAGCUCUUCAUUUAAUUUAUUUGGUUUGUUUUUUUGGUGUUCUUCUAUGUUGCUUAUGGUACUCUUUUGCCCUCUGCCCAUUUUGUUGUCCACUCUGUGUUUAAAUCCCUAAUCCCUCUUGUGGUUCCUCUAGCCCUUACUGUAUUAACAGUCCCAAACACAGUGCUAACUAUGUACACAUCGAUAAUUGGCAGAAUUUCUAUUCCAAUUGAACUGAAAUUUACAGAGACUGACAUACACCCACAGUGACCAUCAUUAAGUGUAUUCUCUAAUUUCGUUUUCUCGAUGCAGAAAAUACCAGGCAAUCCGAUCUGAUGACGAACGUGAUCGGUAUAAAGCUGUGUUCAAUGAUCAGUUCUCAGAAUACAAGGAGCUUUCUGCUGAGGUGCAAGCGGUCUUAAAAAAGUUCAGUGAUCUUGAUGCGGUGAUGAAUAAACUUCCCAGAAAUCCAGAAAAUCAGCAUGUAAGUGUUCAUUUCUUAAUGUUCCUGGUAUAUCGGGCCACCAGGAUUUAUCAAUAUUCUUAAUUCUUCACGAUUAAUUGUUUAGAAUGUAUUUAGCACUUCUUAUACAGUGCUCUUACAGAAUGUAGUCGUCACAGGUAAGGUUGCAGACAUAUGGAUAUAUAAUGAGACAUACUGUAUCUAGAGGUGGAGGAGAUAAUCUUGUUCAUGGGCUUUCAAAGCAGAGCUGUCAGUUCCUAAUUCCUUUUCCUAGUGAACACGAUUUAAUUGUUUAGGAAGAAAAAUACAAAUCUGAAACAGAAAUGCAUACUUACCUCCACAGUAUUUCUGCAUACAGGGCAAGUAAGCCGCCUAUCACAACUUUACUAUAGAUUAUACAGCCGUAGCCACACCUCCCCUGGCUGUGACUAAAAUAGCCUUCAUAUAAAAAAGUUUUUUUUUUAAUUUUCAAAAAGAUCUUAAUUGAACUUUGAAAGGACACUAUAGUCACCAGAACAACUACAGCUUCAUUUAUCAUUCCUGUCACACAUUUUAAUGCAAACACUGAGAAAAGGCAGUGCUAACAUUGGCCCCUAGGGACACCUCCAGUGGCCACUCUUCAGGUGUUCAGCGGAGACUCUGAAGUUUCCUCAUAGAGAUGCAUUGAUUCAAUGCAGCUCUAUACGGAGGUCCUGAUUGUCCAAGCCGGCAUUUGGCCUCACCCCCAUCCCGCCUCCUUGUCGAUUUCAGCCAAUCCAAAGCAUUGGAUUGGCUAAAAAAUAAAUUUUGAUGUCAGCAAGGAGGUGGAUCGUGGGUGGAGCUGGUGCCAGCAGAUCUGCGCGGCGCUGGAAAUAAGGUACGUCUUCCUAUGGAAAUAAGAUACGUCUUUAAAGGGGUGAAGGGGGGCGGGGGGCAAGUCACCUAAUCUUUGUGUUCUUGACCCUAUAGUGCUCCUUUAAAGGGACACUGUGUACACUAUAACCAUUCAAUCUAAUUGGAUUUGUUGUAGUUCCUACGUAAAUGGUUUAACAUUUAAAAUAUAAAAAAAAAACAUUGAGAAUUAAAAAAGAAAAAAAAUCAGAACCUUUUAAAAAAAAAAAAAAAGAAAGAAAAAGAAAAAAAAAAUAUUAAGUUUACUAUUUGGAAGUGACAACACAUAUUUCCAUAUAAAUGGCCAAGAUGGCAGCUUGUAAGGAUUUCACCAAACAUGAGCAUCUGGGAGACGAAAAUCUCCCUGGUCCCUCGCUAAUGUGAAACCUGAGAGGUUUCCUACUAAAUUCCAUGCCUGCUUUCAUGAGUUCCCCAAUUCCUGCAAUUUUCAUUCAGUGAUCUCCUGGAUAGUGUCCUCGUGGAACUUUGUGUACAUUUGGCUUAGGUUUGCUUUGGGAUGUUUAACGGUUACUGAAGUUUUUAACGUUUUAUGCAAAGUGACCUCUUUUUCCCCUGAAAUCAUAAACACUUCUUUGAAUCCUUUCUUCCUCAGGAAUAUGAGAGAAUUUCAAAAGUUCUUCAGGAGUAUCAGAAGAAAAAGAAUGUAAGUAUAAUUUGUUUCCUGUAACGCCUUUGAGCUGCUAAUCACAUUCCUGUCCCCUCUGCAGGGGGUCAUUUUGUUUUUGUCUUGGACACAGGAUUUUAUUGAACUCUACACACACACACACACAGCUGCCUGAGAGAGUGGGGAGGGACAUGGGCAGUAGUUUCAAGAAAAUGGAAAAUAGAUGUAACCUGUUUGGAACUCUGGAUGUUAUUACUAGGUGCAAAUUAUUUAAAUUCUGGGAUGUGAUGUAUUUUAUUUAAUUCAUCCUUAUUUCUUAAAAUCACCCAUGGAUCAUGCUUGAUCCCCACGUCAAAUAAAAAAAAAAAAAAAAAACUUUUGCAGGCCACAUGUUUGUUAAAAAUGACAUUGAUGAAACUGUUAAAAUGUUCUAGCUAGUGAGUUGCAGACGUUUAGCACUGGAUUAUCCCUUGAGCUAUACGUUUUAGUUAAUUUUUAUUCUUCAUUUUAAAGACCGCAUUGUGGCACAUCAUGUAACUUUUCUAAUGAAACUGUACAGAAUCCUGUGAAAAGGGUGCAAUGUGUCAGUUUAGCUCAAAUCAGUAAGAAUGUAAUGGGGGAGAGGAAUUCCUGCAGAAUACUGGAACAGUGACAACCACAUAGUGGCCAAAUCUUCAGAAGGAAUAGGGAGGGGUUUGUGGAUUAACCAGAGCUGUGAGUUCAUCCAUCAAGAGGUUAGAAGUAAUUCUUAAUUGAACUUUUAAAAUAAUGGGGGCGGGUGGGAUCUGAUCUGUACUCCAAAUGUCACCAAGUGCAGGUAGGGUAAGAAUAAACGUUUGGUCAUGUUUAUAGGAUGUUAUACAUAACUGUAUAUGGCCUUAGUGAGGUGUCAGUUCAAGGCAGGCCCAUCACAUAUGAACAUAAUUUUUCUUUUGACCACAACCAGAACUGUUGGGAUUUUUCCCAUAUGAAAGCCAUGUAGUGAGUGGCAUACCACUGCAUUAGCUUUUUGUAGUGUUACUAUUAUUUUAUAUAGGUCUAUCAUUCUAUAGUACUGUGCACUGAACCUGUUAGGCAGGCAGUAACCAGGUGUGAUUGCUAUGCUCAAACACACUUACAGUCUAAAGAGACUUCAUGACAUCUACAUGGAUGUCAACCUCACCUGUCCCUGCUUUAUUUAUUUUCUUUCUCUCAAAUGUAACAUUUUUAUAAAUGAUAAAAAUAGAAAAUACAAUUUCCAGGCAGAAUUCCGUCAUCCAUCCUUUCAAACAGUAAAAAAAUAUUUUUAAUUUCUAAAUGUAUCCAAACAUUAUCUUUGGAAUGAUUCUCUAGCAUCAGCCAAAUCAUUCGAUUUAAAAAAGAAAAGUGAAUUCUAAACUUUCACUGCCCUUCCUGUAAAGAUUACAGCAUUAUUUGUUUCACUUGAAACCUCCCUUUUUUUUUUGUUCCCAAGCGAAAAGACAUUACCUUUGUUACUGUUAAACCCCCCUGGGACAGAGACGCCCAGGUUACCUCCUUCUAUGAACGGUGACUAUAUUUAAAUGCAGUAAUAGUAUUCCUUGGAAAGUACUUUAUUUCAAACGUAAACAGCUGUGCUGCCGGUCUGUGGAUCCUGCAAAGGCUAUGUAGUUACACACACAAAACAUUUAAAAAGUAUCAAUUGCCUGUGUUUUUUGUUUAUUGCAUUAUACCCCUUGUAACGCAGUUUAGUUAUUUCACUACAAAAUGAAUCCUGUGAGUUCCAUUUCAUAUCUGGUGACGUCUGGCUAAAAGUACUUGUGGCAUCUUCUUAUAACAAGAAAUCUCAUUGCUUCAUAUCCUAUUAAUAUGAGACUAUCAGAAUGUGACCUACAAACUGAGUCAGAGAUCGCUGUUCCCUCCCUGUAGAUACGGCUGGAUGUUUCUACCUUCAGCCAGUUCCUAACUGUGCAUGCACAUAUCUCUACACAGCAUUUGUUAUUGACCUUGACCUAUUUAUUGUAUAUAUCUAUCAUUUUGUCAAUUACCAUUAUCAGCUAUGCAGAAUGUCAUUCUACAAAUAUUUUUUUUCCUUACCAAUCAAUUCAGUUUUGUAUAACAGAGCAUUAUAGACCGACGCUACAAUAGUUUUAAUUAGCUCUCCAAUUAAUUGCUGGAGAUCCAUAUACAUACAUUUCUUUAGGAUUAUGCUCCUCUGCUAGGCUCUCCUCCUUCAUUUUAAAGGGACACUCUAAGCACGAUAACCACUACAGAGGCUAUAGCGUGUACGGUGCCAGGCAAUGGUGGCUGGUGAAGUUUACAUAUGAUGGAGCGCUAGACUGGACCCUUGGAAUUUUACUCCGUUCCCUGAUGUCCAAUGUAAAUGUAAAAAAAUCCUGUUGGAGCAGCCUAAUCUUGUCCAAGAGAAUAGGGCAUUUUUUCCUUUCAAAAAUACCCGAAAAUUCCGACAUCGUCUCAGUAGUAUCUCCAGCCAUCAAUACGUAUAUGGGAAGGAAACUUUAGACUGAAUCAUGACAGACGUAAAAUGUUUUUGUUUUGUUUAAUCAGUAAAAACAGGGGAGAUGUGGUCCUGGGGGCGCUGCCAUUACUGGUGCUUGGAGUUCCCUGGUGCCAUGCUAUGUAUUAAGUCACAUUGUUUAGCUAUUUCAGUCCUCUUAACAUACAGAGCAAAAGCCUUCCGCAUUAAAUGCCUUUAAAACUGUUUGACUCUUCAUUUAGGGAUUGCCCCAAAGAAAUUCUAACACCUUAAUCACUACGGUAUGCUGCAGUGGUUAUGGUGCUUGAGUGCCCUUUUAAAAAGUUAAACUGCGCAACCCUCUCCAGCGUUCACUAGCUCCUUUUGAGGUUAUCUUCUAAACCAGGAUUUAUGGAGAAUUGGCAAGAGAAAUACACAUUUUUAGACCAAAACAGCCAAGUUUUAAAAAGUUUCCAAUUAUGCUAUAUUGGCAUAAAAAGUGCAGUUCCCCUUUAAGUUCUCCACACUCCCCAGUAUGUGAAUAACCUUGAUAAAGAAUCCCUGCAUGAAAAGCCAUAAUAAGAUGUACUGAGUCAUGUUCCAAAUGCUACCUAUGUCUACGUGUGGAAUGGUAUAAAACAUUUUUUUUUAUUUGAAUGGCGCUAAUUGUCCGCCCAUUGCCCAUCUUGCCAGCCAGUAGCUCUCUCAGCAAUGCCAUCUACAUUUUUAUCGAAGCACUGCUUUCUGAGGUGUAUAUUGAAGUAUUUGUGAUAUGUUGUGAAGGCUUUUACGUCUUAUUUUAUAGGACCCUACAUUUUUGGAGAAGAAGGAGCGUUGUGAUUACCUGAAGAACAAACUUUCACAUAUUAAACAAAGGAUUCAGGAAUAUGACAAAGUCAUAAAUUGGGACAAUGGAUAUAACUAGCUUCCUAUGAAGAGACCGUAUAUGCCUUGGGUGUAAAUAAAAUGCUGACCUACAUAAUUUUACCAUAAUUUGGAAGCUUUACAGUAUAUUAAUAUUGAGAUUUUUGUUUUCCUCCUCAAUAAAUAUUUUUUUUACCGCUGUCCUUCAUGUAUAAGAAUUGGAAUAUAUGACCUUUAUUAGCUGAAACGAGUAUACGUAAUCCAUUGUGAACAGAUGCCUGGACUAUGAUGCUCAAUACCUGUAUUCUCAAAACUAUCUCAUGUACAGAUACUAUUAUAAUUUCACUUUUUUUUUUUGUUUAAAAGCUAGCAAUGUCUAAAUAGGUGAAACUGUGACCAUUGAAUAUAUAUAAUGGCUUCUCUGUUUGCCUCAUCAUCCACUGCUGUCUAGGAUUUGGGUGUGAUGGGAGUUUGUCCAUCAGCAUCUGAAGAACCACAGCUUUUUUCAUUCAUGGUCCCCAGGAGUGUGAAAACAGUGUACAAUCUGUAAAUACCAUUUUAUAACAUAACUGUGUAAAACCUAGUGCAAUCUAUAAAUGUGACACCAAGUAAAGUACACUAAUUCUUAAAAAUAAAAUGUCUUUUAAAGUGAAGAUCUAUUUUUUCCCUUCCCCAGGCUCUACUGAAUAUCCCAGCUUUAGUCUCUAUACAGUAUUUCAUUCUCUGGCUGCUUCUCCAUUGAAUGGACAAUCAACUAAUCAGUCAAAUAAAUCCUUCUUGC